UCAGACGUAGUGCAGCGAGAAACAUUAGAGUUUGAUAAUGGAAUAAAACAUUAUUUUGUCAAAAAACACAAGAUACAUUUGAAAGUUAACAAAGACUUUAAAUACAAUUUGACACAACAAAAUGCGCAAUGAUAGUAACGGUUCUUUACCCAUGAGUUGGUCACAUGAUCGAAUGCAUCAUCAUGUCACAAGGGAAACAACAUGGCUGCUUACUUGUGUUUUAUAUUUAUCUCUCGCUAGCGUUAUUAGCUGAUAAACGCCGAACUUAUUUGUAUAAUAAUUUAUACAGUUAACGAUAUUAUUGACGUCCUUUCAAGUAGGUAUAUGUUCACUGUGAAGUAGCUUGACAAAAUAUACAUUUAUCUAGACAGUUGCGAAGCUUUACAGCAGUCUUCCAGUCACAGUCAGGUGGAUUUAGCCAUGGCUUCGUCGUUUGUGGUCGGGGAUUCAUUCAGAAAUAAGGUGGCGGAAUUAUUAGAGAAGACUGACUCGUGUCUACCGCAGAGAUUGAUGGAAGAACUCGAGGAGACACUUGGAAAAACAGAACCCACAACCCUGUCCUUCAGUACAGCCAGAACACUGAAGAAGUACCUCCAGGACAAUGGGCAUCCCUUCUACCUGCAUGAGGUUUUGGAGGAAAGCUCGCUGCACCUGCCUGAGGUUGUGAAGCCUCCCAGAAACCCAGUUCUCGUUGCACGUCUUGAGAGGAUCAAAGCCAAGCUGGCCAAUGAGGAAUACAACAGAAUCACACGAAAUGUCAACACUCAGGAAAUCAACCGCAAUGGAUCGCUAGCAGAUUUUGGACGGGAAAUGCGAUCAGUCAAAGCAGUGGUGGCGACAAUAUUCAACUUCCUGGUCACAGUGGUUGCUGCUUUUGCCUGUUCAUAUAUGGGGAGUCAGUACCUGUUCACUGACACUGCAGCGCGAGUAUUAGCGGCUGUGAUCGCUGCCUCUGUUGUGGGGCUCGCUGAGCUGUAUGUGCUGGUCCGGACCAUGGAGGGGGAACUAGGAGAACCAUAGCCGCUAUGCACACAGAACCAGGGACCUGUGUCAGAACUUAAAGCGGAACGUCGGCAACCCCAACAGGCCGACUGAUUCAGAACAGACAUUUCACUUUGCCUAGGAAACCCUACAGACUUGUUUUCUUUUUAUUUGACAGGAAAAUAUGUGAGAUUUUUGUGCAAGGUCAGAGUUACUGAGAAUUUAAAAAGGGAUACUAGAAGCAAUAAAUGGAUGCUUCAACAUUACAAGAAAGCUAAUUGGUUCAAAAUGAAUAUUGGUCGCUUUAUCUGACAUUACAUACCACCUGACCAGACUUUCUUUUCAUUACAUUUAAAUAUAUUUCUUAUUUAUUUACAGCUCUUUUUCAAUUUUAAAUGUUCUUCAUCCAACAACCUAAAUAUAAAUGUUUAUUUACUUAAUGUACAUUUUCAAUUUUGUUCUCAGAUCAUGUAAUCAUAUUUGUGUGUGUAAUAAAAUCAUCUGGAUUAACUAGAGCUUAUUCCUACAAUUGGUAAUCCACCAGUUAGUGUUGCCUUCCAGCGUUCGCCCCGUGGGCCUGUGGUCGAGGACAGGUCAAAUGCAGGCCGUGGGGCCACUGCUCAAUCUGUAGGGCUUGGCUUGGGAACCAAAGGGUUGCCUUUCAUGUCCCGAUCGGAUCAAAAAUACAUAGUCUGAACUGCUAGCUGCAGAGGUGCCAGUUCCUCUCCUGGGCGACGAAAAAACGAACAACCCCUUCGCUCUGACACCUCUAUAUCAGUGCAUGUCACUACAAUGGGCAUAUGUGUGUACAAAAACAGAGUAAAUAACUGAAUUUCCCUCGGGGAUUAAUAAAGUGAUGUUAAUCUUAAAAA